AUGAGCAAGGACAAGAUUUGGAAGGGAUUCGAUCAGCUUCUUGUUUCUCCCUUAAUAGGACACAGAAGACCAUCGAGAAGACAGCAAAGGUUGCGUCUAAAUAAAAACAACAGCCUAACACAUAUGCGAGAUUAUGAUGAUGGAUGGCAAAUAGAAGACCAUUCAGAUGAAGACACGACUUGCAGUGGAAGGCAUGAAAGCGAAUCGUUGUCCUCAGCGAUAACGCCAUCCGUGCCGCAAUCGUUGAAUCCUGCCGAAAUCACGAUUAACCGCAGAAAUCAGUCCGAUUCGGAAAUAGAGCAGUUAUCGGAAGAUGGUUGCCGACCCCAGUAUGAAACCACAUCUGAGUCUUCCGAUUCAGACGAUUGUCUUGCUAUUCAUUGUACGAAAAGCAGAAUGACGAAGAUACAGUUCGUGGACAAUAAUCCUAUGAAACGACGACGAAUUACGGAUGAUAUGGACGUUUCUUUCGUUGCCGGUACGUACCGAGCUAAGAAUCGUCCGUUCAAGGAUGCUACUAGCCCAAAGCAAUUCAAAUCAAUUUAUGUGCCCAAUCACAACACAACUUCAAUUGGAUUAAACAGCAGUGUGGUUAGUACCACCGAUAAUAGAUCCACGCGUUGCUGGAAGUCUUUCGAUGCAUCGUUUACGGAACAGCAAGAGGCAAGCGUUAUAGAAGAGUUGUCUUCUUCGCCUGAGAGUUCGCGUACGGAACCGCUUAACAUUGAGGAGUUGCCACCUUCAGCCGACGAAAGCAGUUACAUAAAUCGAAGUUCAUUGCCAGCAUCAUCCACUACUUCUCCCUCGAAGUCGUUUUACGUCACGACGCCAGGAACUAAAAGUAAAAACAAACCCCACCCUAAAAGUUCGCCUUUGGGAGCACUGGAAAUGAUACUUCAAGAUCGAAGUUCCCGGCAACUUCUCUGGCAGCAUGCGAUAACGUCCGGUACGGUCCAACCGGAUCUCGUCAUAAAACUAGAUUCCAUCGAGCGAAUAUUCGGUCGCGUAAUGCUACGAUUCUUCACCACAACAACCGAGGCGGACGAUUGCGUUCAGGAGCAGAUCGAAAACAUGAUCUUCCUGGAUCAAGGCGACAAGCAGUUAAAAUCGAUUCACGCCGGAAUGAACCUAGCUCUGGAGGUAGACGAACGUAUAAUGCCUCAUCGCGUUUCGCACAACAAACUGGUACACCUUGGCGUCACGAAACUGUGUCCUUUGCCAAUUACCACUAAAUAA